AUGGACAUCUUUACGCCUAGUCCUCUUAGUACACAAAUAGAGGCCAUAUUCCCGUGUUCACCCAUCCAGCAAGGAAUGCUCUUCAGUCAAAUACGAGCCUCUGGAUGCUAUGAAACGUUCAGCAUCUGGGAGGCAACAGCAAUCGGGUCAACGGUGAACACUGAACGAGUGUGUCGAGCAUGGCAAGACGUUGUACAACGACAUGCCGCCCUGAGAACGAUCUUCAUGGAAAAUCAAGACGGAGAAUACAUUCAGAUUGUACUUACAACCGUUACUCCGACGGUUGAGAUAAUUGAAACCGAGCUGGUAGAUGAGGUCAAGAUCAGGGAAAUGCUAGUGGCUUUGGAUGGCAUCUCAUUCAACCCCCAUCGCCUCUCACAUAAGCUGACAAUAUGCAAAGCACCUGGGCAGAAGGUCUUCUGCAAGUUGGAAAUGAACCAUAUCAUCAUCGAUGGGUCUUCAGUUGCUAUCCUAGCGACUGACCUUCGACGGGCAUAUGACAGUGUUCUAGACAAGACAUCCCGACCUUUGUACAGCGAUUAUAUCUCUUAUAUUCAGCUCCAAAAUGUUGAAGACAGUCUCGGGUUCUGGGUGAAACAACUGAACGAUGUCCGUCCUUGCCAUUUCCCACAGCUGGCGGAUGGCCCCGACAGUCACGAGGCGACCACGCCAGAGCUCUUGUCCCAAGAAGUUGUCCUUGAUAUCUCAUUCGAUGCCAUCACAUCCUUUUGCUCGCGAACCGGUAUCACAAUCUCCAACUUGUUCCAGGUCGCCUGGGGCCUGGUAUUACGAGCCUUCACUGGUUCAGAUCAAGUCUGCUUUGGGUAUCUGACCUCGGGACGCGAUGCGCCUAUCAACGAUAUUGCAGACAUUGUUGGCCCUCUGAUCAACAUGCUGGUCUGUUCUUUGAAUAUGACCGAGUCAGAGAGCUCCAUCGAAAGCUUGCUGCAACAAGUGCAGCAAGACUUCUUGGAUAGUCUGCCGCACCAACAUUGCUCACUCGCACAGAUUCAACAUGCUCUACCCGGCGCCUCCAGGGAUCUCUUCAACACAAUUCUCUCUCUACAAAGGUCAUCUCCACCGGCAUCGUCGGAUUACACGUUGUCCCUGGGAAACGUUAUCGGAUAUGACCCUACUGAGGUAACGAUCGAAACAUGGAACACUCGAAUGUCGAAAAGCCAGCUCGCGAGUGUUGCCAGCACCCUGUCCCAGGCAGUUAAUGUCAUUGUUAAAAGCAGUCACGGAUCGGUCCAAGGGGCAGACCUGUUUAGCGAGCACGACAGAAAUCAACUAAUAGUAUGGGAUGGCGAAGAACCCGAAUUGGUGGAUUCGUGUAUUCACGAACUUAUCAUGGCAAGGACGCGAGCAACUCCAGAAGCCAUAGCCGUUUGUGCCUGGGACUACGGAGACCUUUCCUACUCCAAACUAGAUGAGCUAUCCACAAAGCUAGCCCUUCAUCUGGUUGCCCUCGGAGUUGGGCCUGAGGUGAUCGUUCCAUAUUGUUUGUCCAAGUCGGUCUGGGCCAUUGUCACUAUCAUUGGAAUUCUGAAAGCCGGGGGCGCUUGUACCGCCUUGGAUCCCGAAUAUCCUCAAUCAAGAUUGGAAAGUUUGAUCAAAGAAACUGGAGCUCGGGUCGUUCUCACCUCUCCGUCUCAUUCAAGACUCUUUGAGGCCCUAGUUCCUCAUGUGGUUGUUGUCGAUGAGGCUGCUUUCGAGAUUUGCGGCACUAAUUCCCCCUUCCCAGUAUCGCGAGUGACACCCAAAAACACAGCUUUCGUCGUUUUUACAUCUGGCUCUACCGGUGUUCCUAAGGGCGUGGUGCUCGAGCAUCGUGGCUUCGCCACUAGUUUCCGAGCUGGCGCAAUUCGCAUGGGAAUUUCAUCCACGACCAGAUCCUAUCAGUUCUCCAACUUUACCUUUGAUCUGUCUAUCGAGGACAUCAUCUCACCACUGAUCGCCGGUGGCACUGUUUGCGUUCCAUCGGAGUCAGACCGCGUCAACGAUCUGGCCCAUUCCAUUCGAAAGUUGGAGGCUAAUUGGGCCAAUCUCACCCCUUCAGUUGCUGCUUUGCUAAAUCCUGAGGAUGUUCCUUCUCUCAGGACACUUGUCCUCGGAGGGGAGGCCCUCCGUCAGGAUAUCGUUGACAAAUGGGCGAGACAUGUCGUCCUUCUCAAUGGCUAUGGUCCAUCCGAGAGCUCGGUGACUUGCGCUGUGAGCCCUCCUAUUCAGCCGGGUGCCGAUCCAAAGAACAUCGGCAACGGAACUGCUUGCCACCUAUGGGUGGUUGAUGGUAAUGACCACCACCGACUGGCACCCAUUGGUACGGUGGGUGAAUUGCUCAUUGAGGGACCAACUCUUGCUCGUGGUUAUCUACAUGAUGCCCUAAAGACUGCUUCUUCAUUUAUCGAAGAUCCAGCCUGGGUAAUGAACUUUGACAGCAAGAAUGCACCCCGUCGGAUGUAUAAAACGGGUGACCUGGUUCGGUAUGCCGUUGAUGGAUCAAUUGUGUUCGUUGGGCGCAAGGAUACUCAGAUCAAGCUCCACGGGCAACGUAUCGAAUUGGGUGAGAUCGAAUUCCAUCUGACAUCCAGCAACGCAGUUGAGGAAGGUGUGAUCAUCUUCCCCAACAGUGGUUUGUGCAAAGACCGUCUCGUUGCAGUGUUCGCGCUGUGUGUAGCAGAACCCUCAGCUCGAGGUAGCGGUGACCUAUCUCUUGUUUUGCAUGAAAACAAAAGCCUUGCCGCCGAAAAGGUUGCCAGCAUCGAGGAAGAAUUGUCUACUCGUCUCCCCAGACACAUGGUUCCAUCAGUGUGGGCGUUGGUCACAUCUCUGCCAAAACUAUCUUCGACAAAAAUAGACAGAAAGACCAUCCAGCUCUGGGUUACGGACAUGAGUUCGGACAUCUAUCAGCAGAUAGAAAGUCUUGCUGAUGAGACCACCAACCAGGAGCCGUCCACCGCGAUGGAGAAGAAGUUCCAGGUUAUCUGCGGUGAGAUUCUAAACAAACCAGCCAAGGGGGUUGGGCUGCACAAAUCAUUCCUUCAAGCAGGAGGAGACUCCAUCAGCGCCAUGGCAUUUGUGGCACGCUGUCGCAAGGAGGGUAUUCCAAUCGACAUCCAAAACCUCCUUCGGAGCAGAAGCUUGGCGGAAACAGCUUCGAAAUCGCAGGAGGUGACAGAGAGCAAGUCAUGUGCUGACGUGAUGACCGAUGCGCCGUUCGAUCUCUCUCCAAUGCAGCGCAUGUACUUUUCUUGGGUCCCUCACGGAUUCAAUCAUUAUAACCAGAGCGUCCAUCUGUCAUUGACACGAAAGGUGGACACAUCGGCCCUCCGUGAUGCGCUAGCGCAACUGGUGAGAAAGCAUGCAAUGCUGAGAGCGCGCUUCAUAAAUUCCGAUGGUUGGAGGCAGACAAUCCUUUGGGACGUCGAAAAUACCUAUCGAUUCAAUGUUCAGGACGCGAAAAAACUUGAAGUUCCGAUCAUGAUUCAAGAGAGUCAAAGCAGCUUGGAUAUCGUCAACGGUCCAGUAUUCUCAGUGGACCUGUUCAACAUUGAGAAUGCCGAGCAACAGCUGUUCCUUGUGGCGCAUCAUCUAGUCGUAGAUCUGCUCUCCUGGGAUAUCAUCCUUCGGGACCUAGAGGAUGUCCUGCAAUCGGGCACUGCCUUGGCGCCAUCUCUGUCGUUCCAGGCUUGGUGCAGGCUGCAGAAUGAGUAUAUAUCCAAGCAAGUUCAUCCUGGAAGCGCAUCGCCAUUCACUGUCACACCUUCCGACCCCGGCUUUUGGGGAAUGCAGAGCACAGCAAACUCAGUGGGCGACUCCCAGCACAUUUCCUUUACCCUGGCCCCUGAACUCACAAAGAAACUUUUGGGGGAGGUCUGUCAUCGGGCUCUGCGUACAGAGCCAGUCGAUAUCAUGUUAUCUACGAUCAGUCACGCGUUUUUGCAAGUGUUCCGACGGUCACUGCCCGCCAUUUAUAUCGAGGGACACGGUAGAGAAUCAUGGGAUGCAGGAAUCGAUCUCUCAAGCACCGUUGGAUGGUUCACCACAAUUUGCCCGAUUCAGACCAACGCCAACGAGUCUAACGGUCUGAUUGAUAUUCUGCGACAGAUCAAGGAUGUUCGACGCAGAAUCCCUCAGGGUGGGCGGAGCUAUUUUGCACAACGUUUCAGAGAUGGAAGUGAAGACCAACGCGCAGUCAUGGAGAUGAAGUUCAAUUAUACGGGUCUGUAUAAGCAACUUAACCAUGUUGAUUCUUUGUUCCAGUCGAUCCAACGCCAGAAUAUACAUGACAGCGGAAAGGACAUGCCGCGGGAUUCUCUCUUUGAUAUCCUAGUGGCUCCGGGUGGAUCACAGACCCUCGAGUUCGUCUUUACGUUCCCUCGGCAUAUUCUCCAUCAAGAAAAGAUCAAACUCUGGGUCGAGCAAUGCGAACUUUCGCUCAAAGCGACUCUGCAUCAAUUGGAACACCAUGAAUCUCAAACCACAUUAAGCGAUUUCCCACUGCUUUCACUGACCUCAUACGAAGAUUUGGAUACUUUGAUCCAUGAUCGGCUAUCCAAGGUGGGAGUCAUGGACAUUGAUGAUGUGGAGGAUAUAUAUCCUCUCUCGGCUGUGCAACAGGGUAUCCUGCUCAGUCAGAUCAGGUCCCCUGGAUACUAUGAAACAUUCACCGUCUUUGAGGUCAAGGCGUCAGGCUCAGUUGACGUCCAGCAAUUGGCUACCGCUUGGCAGCACACCGUUAAUCACCACCCUUGUCUACGGACGGUCUUCGUCGAGAGCAUCUCGGACAGUAAUCCAUACUACCAGGCAGUCCUCAAGCAGCUAUCAGCCAACAUUCAAUUCAUCGAAUGCGACGAUCGUUCGGUUCCGGUAAACAUAUUCCAGCAGUCGACAAUUCAUGAUGAUUCAAAGACAGUCAAUAUAGCCCGCGGCGAACAUCGGGUUACUAUUUACUCGACUGUACAGGGCCGAACGUUUGUCAAGUUAGAGAUGAGCCACGCGUUGACCGAUGCCGCAUCCGGUAGUAUCAUUCUUCGUGAUUUCUGUGCUGCAUAUGAUCACCAAUUGCUACCAUCAACGAAGCCACUGUAUAGCUCUUACAUUGCGUACCUUCAGGCUCGAUCGCUGGACGAGAGUCUCGCGUACUGGACAUCCCGCCUAGCUAAUGCGGAAGCCUGCUUCUUCCCAACACUGAAGAACAGCGGAGAUAACGACCUAUGUGAAAUUGAUGUGGAAAUGCCAGUGACAUUCGCUUGUAUGCGCGAAUAUUGUUCGAAGAUAGGCAUCGCGAUGUCCAAUCUCUUCCAAGUGGCAUGGGCACUAGUGCUUCGAGCAUACACUGGCUCUGACCAUGUUACUUUUGGAUAUCUGACAUCAGGACGAGAUGUCCCCGUAGAGGAGGUCGAGGAAAUUGUCGGGGUUUUCAUUAAUAUGCUGGUCUGCAGCAUAGAGCUAACACCCUCGGGUACGGUGCAAGCUGCAUUGGAGACAGUUCAAACCGACUUCAUUCAAAGCCUAUCGCAUCAGCAUGUUUCGCUGGCUCAGAUUCAACACGCUCUAGGAGCACAGGGUUCACUCUUCAACACGAUCAUGUCAAUUCAGCGACGGGCAUCAGCGAGCUCCAACUCUUCUCUCAUCCUGGAAGAGAUCACCGGCUCGGACCCUACUGAAUAUGGUAUUACAGUCCAUGUGACAAUUCACGACGACCGUGCAGUGGCGAGCCUCGCGUAUCGGUCCUCGCUACUAUCGUCCGCACAUGCUAUCAAUGUAGCAUCGGCGUUUUCCCAUGCACUGAAAUCUGUUGUAGAUCAGCCACCUACUACAUAUAUAGGAGGCAUCUCCCUCUUCAGCGAUCAUCACCGCCAAACGGCAAUCAGCCGAAACACAUUGCUACCGGACUUAUUGGACGGAUGCGUUCAUGAUCUAGUAAUGGAAAUGGUGCAUCUCCAACCGAGCAGCGUCGCUCUACGGUCAUGGGAUCAUAGCGAUCUCACUUAUGACGCCCUCAACACCCUGUCGACCCGUUUAGCAAAUUACCUCAUACAUCUCGGUGUGCGUCCCGGUACAUUUGUGCCACUUUGUUUCGAAAAGUCCGCUUGGGCUGUUGUUGCAAUGCUCGCCGUGAUGAAAGCGGGAGGCGCUUAUGUUGCUGUGGCACCACUCCAUUCUGCGGACCGAAAGGCUCAUAUUAUCUCUGCCACAUCUGCAACGCUCAUCCUCACUGGAAAAAAGCAGAGCAACAUGUUCGAUGAUAUGGUUGGCACAAUCUUCCCCGUCACUGCCGAGACCGUCCAGCAGUUAGAUUAUGUGUCCACAAAAAUAAACACAAAGGUUCACUCCUCGGAUCCAGUGAGUCUGGUCUUCACGAGUGGCACGACAGGAACACCAAAAGGUAUCGUUGUCGAACAUGGCGCAUUUGUGACCAGCUCUCUCGCCCAUGCCAAAGUUCUCGGUAUGGGCAAGAACUCUGUUGUCGGUCAAUUCUCCAGCUUCGUCUUCGACGUUAGUAUGUCCGAGAUCUGGAUGACGCUGAUGCAUGGUGGAACGGUUUGCAUGCCAUCUGAGGACGAGCGCAUGGGCGAUCUGGCUGGGUUUAUCAAUUCCAAUCAGGUUAACUGGAUCUGCCUGACGCCAACUGUUGCAACUAUUCUGCAACCUGAGAGUGUGCCCACGCUCCAAACAUUGGUCCUUACGGGCGAGCGUGCAACCGCUCAUAAUUAUCAGAUCUGGUCCGAACGGGUGAAACUCUUCAAUGCAUAUGGCCCAGCUGAGUGUGGUGUCUGGGCAUCAAUUAACGCUGUUCAAUCAGUGGAUACAGAUGCAUCAUGCAUCGGAAUGUCAACCGAUGCAUCCUUACUGUGGGUCGUGGAUCCCCGUGAUCCAUCACAGCUAGUUCCACUUGGAGCGGUCGGCGAGCUUGUCAUCGAGGGACCCCUUGUGUCUCGAGGAUACUUGAAUGAUGACGAGAAAUCCAAUUCCGUCUUCCUGACAGAUCCUGCGUGGACAAAUGCUCUCAACCUAUCGGUUUCUUCAACUACUCCCGGAAUGAGGAGACGGAUGUAUCGAACGGGUGAUCUGGUUCGCUCCAAUGUUGACGGAUCGAUUACGUUGAUCGGCCGUGUGGGGGGUGAUACUCAAGUCAAGCUGCGGGGACAACGGAUUGAACUAGGUGAAAUUGAGCACCAGGUUCGAUCUAGUCUGCCCAUCAUUCGGAAUGCAAUCGUCGAACAGGUGUCGGUCCAAGAGGAUCCAAAUAUCAAAAUGCUUGUGGCUUUCAUCUCCCUAGCAGAUGGUGUUGAAACAACAACCGAGGGCGACAGAAACAGCAUCUUGAAGAUGUCAGCUCGUCUCAAAUCUAGCUUCUUGGAGUUAGCAACAUUGCUGGCCAAGUCCCUUGCAACCUAUAUGGUCCCAUCGAUGUAUAUCCCAGUGGGGGAAAUGCCAACGUCGCUUUCUGGUAAAGUGGACCGGAAGCGGCUGCGAAAGCUGACGGAAGGGUUCACACCAGCUCAAGUGGCUCAAUACUCCCUCGCGGAAGAACUCAAACAAGCUCCAACGACAGACAUGGAGAAGAAGCUGCAGGCUCUUUGGGCUGAUGUCCUUCAUAUCCCUAUUUCCUCCAUUGGUGCCAACGAUCACUUCUUCCGCCUCGGAGCUAAUUCCAUCAGCGCCAUGUAUCUCGUCCCAAUGGCGCGGGAGGCAGGUAUCUUGUUAACCAUCACGAACAUCUUCCAGUCCCCACAGCUGGAUGAAUUAGCCAAGCUGGCGGUCUUUGCAGAAAGGCAGGUCGUGAAAGACCUUGAGCCUUUUACAUUGAUCAAAGGGGCCGAUGCCGUGGACGAUCUGCUGGUCUUGCUAGAAUCUCAGUAUCACAUCCCUAAACAGUCCGUCCAAGACGCUUUUCCGACAAGCCCACUGCAGGAAGCAUUGUUCUCCCUGUCAGUCAGACAUAAUGGCACCUACGUGGCUCAGAAUAUCUUCAAGCUCCCUCCUCAUCUGGACUUGGAUCGAUUCCGUCAGGCAUGGCAGAUUGUGGCAGACCGUAAUUCCAUCUUGCGGUCACGAAUCGUCCAUACUAGCCGUUGGGGAUCUUUAUCAGUCGUCCUCCAAGAGAAUCUCUUGUGGAAAUCUACUAGCUCGCUUGAAGAAUAUCUGGCGAAGGACCGAAAUGUACCGAUAGAGCACGGGAAAUCCCUUUCUCGGUACGCCAUUGCCGGUGAAUACUUUGUGUGGACUAUCGCCCACUCCUUAUACGAUGGAUGGAGCAGAUUCCUCAUCAUGAAAGAGGUGCAGCAAGUUUAUCAAGGAGUGAGCCUCGGUGCCUCUCCGCCUUCAUUCAGUAACUUCAUCCAAUAUCUUACUGAGACAACCCCAGACGAGGCCCGGAACUUCUGGGUAUCUCAAUUGUCGAAUGAUGCUGUAUCUGGCUUCCUUCCACUGCCGACGCCCUCCUAUCAGCCCAUCUCCGAUGGACUGCUCAAGCACGAGAUGGCCUUCACGGAAUCUUCGCAGACUGAUUUCAAAACAUCGACCAUGAUCCGUGCCGCCUGGGCGAUUGUCCUCGCCCGCUACUGCAACUCGGAGUCCGUCGUCUUUGGGGCUACUCUGACGGGACGCAAUGCCAAUGUCCCUGGCAUUACAGACAUGACAGGGCCAACCAUCACCACUGUACCCAUUCAGGCAACUAUUCAGCCCGGCAACUCUGUAUCACAGCUGUUAGGAGAGCUCUACGAUCAAGAGAUUUCCAUGAUACCCUUUGAGCACACUGGUCUCCAAAAGAUCAAGCAAUUCAGCCCUGCAUGUGCCAACGCCUGCGAAUUCCAAAGCCUGCUGGUUGUUCAUGUCACUGAAUACAGUGAUCCCAACGCGCAGGCAGCCGACUCGGAGUUCUGGCAGAUGGCAGAUGGCACAGCAAUGGAUACAAGAUUCUUGACAUAUCCAUUGGCCCUUGAGUGCUUCAUCAGUGCUGGCAAGGUCACGCUCGAGUUGCAGUAUGAUAAGCAGAUGGUGACCGAAGCGCAGGUCCAGCGUAUUCUUCAUCACUUCCAGCAUGUCUUGCAUCAGGUCAAUUCUGCAUCAGACGAUGGCACGCUGGCAGAGGUGGACUUGUUCACUGAACGGGAUAUGGCAGAAAUUCUAAUGUGGAACAAGCUUAAAGCUCCUCCCAGAGAUUACCAGAAAUGCGUACAUAACGCUGUGGAGCGCAUUGUUGCCACCAACCCCAAGGAUCUCGCUGUCAGCUCCUGGGAUGAGAGUUUCACUUACGACGAACUGGACAACUUUUCCACUCGGCUGGCUCAGCAUCUCCAGAGCAUGGGUGUUGGCCCCGAGGUCCUCGUGCCUGUGUGCUUCUCCAAGUCCGCAUGGGCAGUUGUCGCACAGCUGGGAAUCCUCAAAGCGGGCGGUGCAGUAUACGCAAUUGAUCCUUCAUUCCCGAUAACUCGAAUUGCAGGCAUCAUCGAGGAUGCAAGAUCGACAAUUCUCUUGGCCGGUACUACCCAUAUCGAGUAUCUGACAGGAACAGUUCCCAUCAUCGUUAGUGUCGGUCCAUCCCUUUUCACAUCCUUACCUCCUGUAAAUAGAUCGCUUGUAUCUGUCGUCCAGCCACACAAUACAGCCUUUGUUGUCUUUACCAGCGGCUCAACUGGAACGCCCAAGGGUAUUCUGCUCUCGCAUUCUGCAAUCUGUGAAAGCAUGCGGUCCCACGGGGAGGUAUUCCAACUCGGACGUGAAUCACGCGUAAUGCAGUUUGCUGCGUUCACUUUUGAUGUUUCUAUUCAUGACAUUUUCACAACUCUGACACACGGGGGAGUCGUCUGCAUGCCAUCGGAUCACGAGCGUAUGAAUGAUCUGAGUGGUUUCAUGAACAAGAUGGCUGUCAAUCACACAUGCCUGACUCCAACGGUAUCCAUGCUCUUGUCGGAUGUGCCAUCCUUGAAGACAUUGGCCCUAGUCGGCGAGAUAACGACCCCCGAAGCCAUCGACAAGUGGGUGGACCGCACAAAGCUGCUUGCGAUGUACGGUCCCGCAGAAACCUCCAUCCAUGCUGCCUAUCACCACGUCACUGAGCGAUCGAACAAUCCGACUAACUUCGGGCGCGCCAUUGGAAGCAUCAUGUGGAUUGUGGAUCCCAAUAACCACAAUAAGCUCGCUCCAAUUGGAUGCGUGGGUGAAGUAGUGAUCCAAGGUCCGAUACUGGCACAGGGUUACUUGAAUAACCCAGACAAAACCUCCGAUGCAUUCAUCCAAAGUCCUGAAUGGUUGAGCGCAGAGUAUUGUCAUGAGGGCUGGACCACACGAAUCUACAAGUCGGGAGAUCUGGCGAGAUAUAACUCUGACGGGACGAUGAGUUUCUUCAAGAGAAAGGAUACGCAGGUCAAGGUUCGUGGGCAGCGCGUCGAACUGGGAGAUAUUGAGCACCACUUCUUGCAGCGCGCCCCAAGCUCAUGGCGAGUGGUAGUGGACUUGAUCACUCCGGCUGGCCACGAACACGAUCCUAUCUUGGCUGCCUUCUUUACCAUCCAGUCUCGGGACUCUCAGGGUAUCUCGGAAACUGUAGUUGUUCAAAUGAGCGACGAGGUGCAAUCCGUUCUGUUGAAGGUGAAGAUUGGGAUGGAAGAAGCUCUGCCUUCUUACAUGCUGCCUGGAACAUUUGUUUUGAUAAGCUCAAUCCCUAUCACUCUCUCUGCGAAACUUGAUAGACGGCGACUGCGUCAACUGGGAGCUGAUCUCACACUCAAUCAGCUUACAUCAUUUUCUCUGCGGGAUACAGCACAGCAAGCACCUUCGACAAACAUGGAAAAGACCUUGCAAAGGCUUUGGUCCGAGGUCUUAAAUUUGCCGACCAAUCAAAUCAGUGCCGGCGACCAUUUCUUGCGACUAGGAGGGGACAGUAUCACUGCCAUGCGACUCGCUGGCGCAGCUAGAACCCACAACAUUAAUCUUCUCGUCUCGGAUAUUUUCCGAACUCCCAAGCUAUCGGAUAUGAGUCUCGCUGCCACCGAACUUAUUCAUUCAAAAGCACUCAAUUCCCCCAGCUUUGCCUCCAUCACCGAGGAGAUGCAGAGCGCGAUCAGGUCUCAGAUAUCCAUUUACUCGGACAUGGUUGAAGACAUCGUCGAGGCCAGUGACUAUCAAGCCUGGGCCAUGGCGGCAGGCCACUUAAAACAACGUGGCUACCUCAAUUACUUCAGUUUCCGAUUCGAUGGCUCAAUUGAUGCUGUGCAAUUAGAGCAGGCAUGCCAUACUCUCGUUCACCAUCACCCUAUCCUACGAACAGUCUUCGCCGUUUAUCGCCAGAAGACAUACCAGGUUGUUCUCAAGCAUAUCCAACUCGAGUUCAAGCACGACAACUGCACUCAAGAGGAGUACGAUGAGGAGUUUGGUUCCGGUGCAUCCCGAGACUUCAUUGCACAGGACAUGGCCCGUGAUGUGAAUCUUGGUAUGCCACUUGUGCAAUUCAAACUUUUAAAGUACGGUGCGGAGCGGCAUCGGUUGGUGAUGCGUAUCUCUCAUGCCCAGUACGACGGCAUCGCUGUGCCAAUCCUCAUUCGCGACCUCAAAGCAGCAUAUCUGAAGGCUCCCCUGACUUCUGCCCCAACUUUCUCCUCUUUUGUCCGACACACUCAGAUCACUCAUGGUAGUGAAAGUGAGGCCUUCUGGCGUGACCUCCUUCAGGGGUCUCGCAUGACUCACGUUCUAGCCCGUCCCACACCCACCUACCGAAACCCGAUCAACGACUCCGUUUCGAUGAACGUCCACUCACCCUCCCUCGGCACCCAUGGGCUCACAUUUGCAACGGUAUUCAAGGCUGCGUGGGCAUUAGUUCUCUCCCGGUUGUCUAACAACCGCGACGUCACAUUUGGCCAUGUCAUCUCAGGCCGCAACGAUACAUCCAUUCCUCAGGUCCAGAACCUCGCUGGUCCGUGUCUCAACAUCGUCCCUGUGCGGGUGCAGUUCCCUCAUACCUCAGACUGGAACGGCAUGGAUCUCUUAAGUCAUAUUCAGAACCAGCACCUAUCUAUGAUUCCGCACGAGAACUACGGGUUCCGUCGCAUCAUCGAGACGUGCACCUCGUGGCCAAGAUGGGAGCGCUUCAGCUCGGUCAUUCAGCACCAAAAUCUCGAUGAUGAGAUCGAGCAAUUCUCUUUCGGCAAUGCCAACUGCUCCGUCGAGUGGUUCACUCCACCGCAUGACCUUGCUGACCUCUGGAUCUGGUCGUUCCCGAUCGGAUACAAUGACUACUGUAUCCAGCUGACUUAUAGCGACAAUGUUCUUUCAAAGGAUGUCGCUGAUUCUUUGCUAUGCGCCUUGGGCGAGACGGUGGAGAGUCUUUCGAAGGGCUUACAAGCGAAGGUCGCUUCACUCACCAGUGACAAAUGCUCCCUCAGUCUUCCAAUCUCACUUUCUACUGAUAUAUCCUCCUCAUCGCCAUGCAUAGAGGUGAUGGGCCAGGACGUCAAUGGCAUCGUCGCAGAGGUGUGGAAGACCGCAUUCGGCGAACUACCAGGCGAGACGAGAUCCGUUGACACGGCCUACUAUGAGGUCUGGGGUGAUCCGAUGGCCCCAGUACAGAUCUCCACCUUGUUUAACCAGCAUGGUGUCAAUGUGACAGUCGAUGAGGUUGUGGAGCACCCGACUAUGCGUCUGCAAAUGCAGCUUAUCAAUCAAAAGCUGCAGAAUUGA